UGCGGUCCGCUCUGUUCGGGACUGCAACCCGCAACCCACGCCUCUGUUCGCCCUUCCCGCACCUGCUACUCCGCCGAGACCGAAGACCCUGGGGCCGCCUUCCUGACUCUGCCCGGUGUAGCUGGCAGACGCCUCUAGCUCCGCCCGAUCCAUUCAUUUGGGAGCCUGUCUCCUCCAGCUUGGAGCACACGGCCGCGCCAUGGAGAAAAGCAGCGAGACUAACGGCUACCUCGACGGCGCCCAGACAGGGCCUGCAGCGGGGCCUGGCGCACCCGUUACCGCGGUGGGACGCUCGCGGCGUUGUUCUGGCUUCCUGCGGCGCCACGCGCAAGUGUUGCUGACAGUGUCGGGGGUGGUGGCGGGCGCCGGCCUGGGUGCUGCGCUACGCGAGUUAAAUCUCACCCGCACACAGAUCACCUACCUGGCCUUCCCGGGAGACAUGCUGCUCCGCAUGCUGCGCAUGAUCAUCCUGCCGCUGGUGGUCUGCAGCCUGGUGUCCGGCGCUGCUUCUCUGGACGCCAGCUCCCUGGGGCGUCUGGGCGGCAUAGCUGUUGCCUACUUUGGCCUCACAACGCUUAGUGCCUCAGCGCUUGCUGUCGCUUUGGCGUUCAUCAUCAAGCCAGGAUCCGGCGCGCAGACCCUUCAGUCCAGUGACCUGGGAUUGGAAGACGCUGGGCCUCCUCCGGUCCCCAAAGAGACGGUGGACUCUUUCCUUGACCUGGUCAGAAACCUGUUUCCUUCCAAUCUUGUGGUUGCAACAUUCCGUACGUAUGCGACUGAUUAUAAAAUGGUGACUCACAACACCAGCUUUGGAAAUGUGACCCGUGAAAAGAUUCCCUAUGCCACUGAGAUUGAAGGAAUGAACAUUUUAGGAUUGGUUCUCUUUGCCCUGGUGUUAGGGGUGGCCCUAAAGAAACUAGGCUCCGAGGGAGAAGAGCUCAUCCGCUUCUUCAAUUCCUUCAAUGAGGCGACAAUGGUGCUGGUGUCGUGGAUUAUGUGGUAUGUACCUCUGGGCAUCAUGUUCCUGGUCGGAAGCAAGAUUGUGGAAAUGAAGGACAUUAUCGUGCUGGUGACCAGCCUUGGGAAAUACAUCUUCGCAUCUAUAUUAGGCCAUUUUAUUCAUGGAGGAAUUGUUCUGCCACUUGUUUAUUUUGUUCUCACACGAAAAAACCCAUUCAAAUUCCUUCUGGGCCUUCUCACACCCUUCGCAACAGCAUUUGCUACCUGCUCCAGUUCAGCGACCCUUCCUUCUAUGAUGAAGUGCAUCGAAGAAAAUAACGGUGUAGACAAGAGGAUAAGCAGGUUUAUUCUCCCCAUCGGGGCCACUGUGAACAUGGACGGAGCUGCCAUCUUCCAGUGUGUGGCCGCGGUAUUCAUCGCCCAGCUCAACAACGUGGAGCUGAAUGCAGGACAGAUCUUCACAAUCCUAGUGACUGCCACCGCGUCCAGUGUUGGAGCAGCGGGCGUGCCAGCUGGAGGGGUCCUCACCAUCGCCAUUAUCCUGGAGGCCAUUGGGCUGCCCACCCAUGACCUCUCUCUGAUCCUGGCUGUGGACUGGAUCGUGGACCGGACCACCACCGUGGUGAACGUGGAAGGGGAUGCCCUGGGUGCGGGCAUCCUCCACCACCUGAAUCAGAAGGCAAUGAAGAAAGGGGAGCAGGAACUGAGCGAGGUGAAAGUGGAAGCUGUUCCCAACUCCAAGUCUGAGGAGGAGACAUCACCUCUGGUGACGCACCAGAACCCUGUAGGCCCUGUAGCCAGCGCCCCAGAACUGGAAUCCAAGGAGUCGGUUCUGUGAGGGGGCUGGGCCUGCACCCCCGCCCUGCUCCCACCCUGUUUGACACAGUCACAGCCCUCAUGGACUUUUAAUUUCCAAGCAAUGCUUUGGCCUAGUCACUAGUUAGAGGAAUUACCUCAGCACAGGCGUUGGGCUCCCCAGCGAGAAUGGGUUCCCAAGGACCAGGACACGGACAUUUGGCACCAGGACUCUGUUUGGAAACACCCCCUCAAGCUGCCAGGCUUGGGAAAAUCGUGGGCUCUCGGGGGCCUCUGGGUAAAGCCUGGAAAAAUGUGGAUGUAUUCUUCAUUGCCCCCGGUCAGCGGUCAUCAGAUGCUCUCUGGGCAAACCAAGGGC